CCUGGAGCGAUGCUUCCCAGUCUACGUCAGGUGCAACGCCGGGUCAGCCACAGUUCAGGUCAGCGUACCUCUGAGACAGACGCCAGCGAAUCGGGCGAGCGACCGGAUGCUGAGCAUGCAGGAGAGAGCGGCUGGACUCAUAGUUCCGGAAUUUUCUGGGCUGAGCAUGCAGCACCACAGCAGAGGACCGGGCGAGGACAGUGGCAAUGUCCCAGUCGCUGUGCCUGCGUCCCUAGACUCCGCUGAAUCAUAUGUACCUGGGGACUCACUCACUCACCUUGGUACUCUGCGGGGGAGAACGGAACCACCGUCACCACUACCUGAAUGGGAUAGUAAACUGGACCAGAGCUUGGUGCAGCAGUCUGGACUGAGCAGGGAUUCUGUCCGUCAGUACCUGCAGCUCCGACCAGACCAGACUGUUCUCAUCCUGCACGCCAAGGUGGCACAGAAAUCCUAUGGGAACGAGAAGCGGUUUUUCUGCCCCCCACCAUGUGUGUACCUCAGCGGACUUGGGUGGAAACUCAGACAGGAUCGUCUGAAAGCCAGUGGUUUGGGAGACUCAUGCUGUCAGAUAUUUGGAUACAUGGGCCUGGACAACACGAGCAGCACUCAGGUGGACACCUUUAAACUCACCUUCGAGGACCAGCCUGGUGGAAAGAAGUUUGCCUGUGCGAAGGCCCUGUACAUAUCCGACGCAGACAAAAGAAAGCACUUCCGUCUGGUCCUGAAGCUUUUCCUCGGCAACGGGCAGGAGAUCGGCUCCUUCUACAGCAGGCUGAUCAAAGUGAUCUCCAAGCCUUCUCAGAAGAAGCAGUCAAUGAAGAAUGCUGACCUGUGUAUCUCAUCGGGCUCCAAGGUGUCGCUGUUCAACCGGCUGCGCUCCCAGACUGUGAGCACGCGCUACCUGGCCGUGGAGGGCGGGGCCUUCGUGGCCAGCGCGAGGCAGUGGGCGGCCUUCACUGUCACUCUAGUUGAUGACCAGCAGUUGGAGCAGGGGGAUUAUUCUCUGCGAGAGGGCUACAUCUGCUACGGCUGCGUGCUCCAGCUGGUCUGCACCGUUACAGGCGUGGCACUGCCCCCCAUGGUGAUCCGAAAGGUGAACAAGCAGCAUGCGAUUCUGGACGUAGACGAGCCUGUUUCUCAGCUCCACAAGUGUGCUUUCCAUUUCAAGGGCAGUAACAAGAUGUACCUGUGUCUCUCAAAUGACAAAAUCAUCCAGUUCCAGGCAGAUCCAUGCCAGAAGGAUCCCACCAGGGAGCUGCUGAAUGACGGCUCCUGUUGGACCAUCAUCGGCACGGAGACCGUGGACUACACCUUCAGCCAGAGCCUGGCAUCCCUUCAGACGUCCGUCACCCCUGUCCCCAUCAUCAGCACCUUGGAGCUUAAUGGGGGUGGCCAUGUGGCCAUGCUGGAGAUCAACGGGGAGAACUUCGGGCCUCAUCUAAAGGUCUGGUUCGGAGAUGUGGAGGCAGAAACCAUGUUCAGGACCCCUAAGUCCAUGCUGUGCGUGGUGCCGGACGUGUCGGUGUUCAGCGGGGAGUGGAGGUGGCUCAGGCGCUCCAUCACCGUGCCCCUGUCACUCAUCCGGCUGGACGGCCUCGUCUACAGCAGCACCUUCAGCUUCACCUACACCCCCGAGCACACGCCCCCGCCUCAGCCCACGGCCGCCCCCGUGUUCCCCGCCGACUCCGACUCCCUCUUGGACUCCAUUCACCAGGAAUUCACACGCACCAACUUCCACCUCUUCAUGCAGAGCUAGCUCAGUGAAUCGUUCAGUGCUAGCUCAGUGAUUCAUUCAGAGCUUGUUAAGUGAUUAAUUCAGAGCCGGCUCAGUGAUUCAGUCAGUUACUUCAGUGAUUCAUGCAGAACUGGCCAGUGAUUAAUUCAGAUGUAGUUAAGUGAUUUAGAGCUUGCUCAGUAGUUCAUGCAGUGUUAGCAAAGUGACUUAUGCAUGGAGAGUUAGUUAAAUGAUUCAUGCAGAACCAGCUCAAUGAUCCAAUCAAUGUUAGUCCAGUGAUUCAUAUAGAUCCAGCUCAGUGACUCAUGCAGAAUUAGCCCAGUACAGAGCUUUCUAAGUAAUUUGUCUUUGCACAGUGAUUCACCAGCCUCCUCAGGCAGAGCCAGCUUUGAGAUUCAUCUUACUCAGUGAUUCAUCCUCCUCCUCAUGCAGUGAUCAUGAGUGUCAAACAAAAAAAUUUAAAUGAAAACACAUUGAGGCAAGGCACCAGACUAAAUGGAAUUUUAAACUGAGACUGAAAUGUUUAAAAGACAAAAUGAUUGACAGGGAAAAAUAGAAAGCAAUUCAUAAAGGGAAAUCCUAGAAGAGUAGGUUUUUCCUGGAAAUAGGACUGUGGAGUGUUAGCAAAGACAGGACAAACGUGUGUGAAAAAGCAGCCUGAAAUUGGUGUCCGCUGCAUACUGUGAACAGGGCCCCUGGACCUCACCGUAUAUUAUGUUCUGAAAUUGAGAAGGGGAAGUCGGUACAGCAAAGCUAUGAUUUUAUGUCACAUAUCUAAGUUGCUAGUCAGAACAUUAAACGCAACUGGACACUGUGAACACUUCACCCCUUAAGCCCGUGUUUGGCCCAGAGUGGGUUUGUUUGCAUGUGAUCCGUUUUUUAUGGUGAGAUUUUCAAUCAACCUAAUCACACGAUAUACCGUUUGAAAGUGUUCAAACUCACAGUUGUAUCUCUGUAAACUGUUUUAUGAUGUCAAUGUUUUAGCCAUGACAGCUCCUUACUUGGGACCAUAUGGAGUGGCAAAAACAAGCCUCAUCUUCUAUGCGUUUUGGAAAUCCACAGAUGACACAAAUCACAGUAAAGUCGGUAUUGUUAUCAUGGCAAGGAUCCAGCAAACAAAAUUCACAGUACUUUUUAGUCCCAAAAGCAUGCUAACUCAGAGAAACAUUGACUGAAUGCCCGUUGCUCACUUGGCAAAUCUCUGGCAGAAUUAGCAUUGUUGUCUGUUUCGCCAUUGCAAGUACUACGUACAAAGGAAUGCUAUUAUCUCCAGUUUGUAUGGACUCUCUGGAACAAGGUGAGCCCAUCUACAAGGUCCUCUGACCAGUACGGGCCAAGCAGUCCUUCAGUAUAGCCAAUGGGACUCGCCAUGUGCCAGAAAUGACUCAACAGUAUAAUUUCUGCUCAGUACACAGCCAGCCAGUGGCAAGCUAUUAUAGUGAUGACUGAGAAGCAUUUUAGCCAAUGAAAUUUUGCUUCUAACUGUGUAUAGGUUGCUAGGCUUGCAUUAAAGGACAUGCAUUAUUUCUUCUGCGUAAACAAACCAUAACCUUUUCAGUACACAUGUUCAGAACGUAACACACUGGCAAAAAGUUCUUGAGAUUUUAUACCUAAAAAGGUUGUUGUUUUACCACAAAAAUGUAUUUUCUCAUCCCUACGUCUAAACUGAAGACUCUGCAUUUGGAGGCCUUGGAAGAAAUCACUCAUCAGAGUGAAUAUCUAUGGGAGCACAGUGAAAACAGCUUUGACUCCACAGCGACACUCAUGUUCAAUUAAGGACUUUUUGUAUCCCAUUUUAUACCAGAGAGCAUCUAAAUACAUUCUCAAAAUAUUUUUUAUUAUUAUUCAGUAAAAAAAAAA